UGAGUCAAACAGUAAACCUCAGAACAAUAACCUGUAUAUCUAAAAUUUAAGAAAUUAAUAAAUUAAUUUUUAUUUUCUAUCGUGUUUUUAAGAUUUAUCGGUGACCAACAACAUUAUGUUAUAAUUUUCAUCUCAUUGAGGAAGACGGAAGUUUCCGAUGUAACAAGCUACAAAGAAAAAUUAGUGCCCAUUCCACUGAUGUCUGAUAGUUCGGACUUCGGCGCAUCGGCUGUGGAGUUCAACGCAAAAUUGGCAAAAUGUCUAACGUGGGAUAUGAUCUUGACACGUCUGGCGGACUUAUGCCGCUGAUUCGAGCGCUAAUAAAACCGCCAGAUGAGGAGAUAAGCACUCAAAAGCCAAAGAAAACUCAACACCCUUACUACAAGCGGCCAGGGAAAGGACAUAAUCAUGAUUCUUGUGAUGCGUGUGGUGAAGGAGGUGAUUUAAUAUGCUGUGACCGUUGCCCUGCCAGCUUCCAUCUUGGAUGCUAUGAUCCACCUCUGGAUGAAAAUGACAUCCCGUCAGGUCUCUGGCUGUGUCGCGAGUGCUGUGCCAAUGACGAGAAGCCAGCUAGCACCCGCUCCAGCCGGGCACAGUCGCCUGCUGACAACAAAUCUGACACUGAUAAGAAGACCAGAUCGCAAAGGAGCAGUCGCGCUAACUCUCUCAACAAGAAGAAGAAAGAUGACAAGGAAGAUGAAGAGAUCAAGAAAGAGCCAGAACCGGAACAUGAACUAACACCAAUGGAGAUCUUGGUGAAGGCGGCCAAAGUUAUGAACCCUAAACAGUUUGAGUUGCCGCGGGAAAUGAAGAUCCCUUGUAUAUUCCCUGGCACUGAAAAAGAGGGAAACGGGAAAAACGGUAACGGCGUGGUGACCGUGGACGCUUGGGGCUGCGUGCCUCUGCCAGCGAAGUCUUGCUUCGUGUGUCGCGCCACGUGCAAGCUGGCCCCGCUGCUGCAGUGUGACUAUUGCCCGCUACUCUUCCACCAGGACUGCUUGGAUCCACCACUGACUGCCCUUCCUACAGGAAGAUGGAUGUGUCCCAAUCACGUCGAACAAUACAUUGACUGGAAAUUGGUGCGGUCUAUCUCCGCAACAGAACGUGCAGCGUUAUGGGAGCGGUUCAGUGGGCCCGUAGACCAGCACGCGGUCAAGGUCGACUUCAUACGUCGCGCGCGUAACCCUAGACCCUCCUUCCGGGUGAAAGUUCCGGUGGGUAUGCGCGGACGCGUGGUGGUGCCGCGCAUGGUGCGCCUGCACUACCGCCGCCCCCCGCCUCUGCUGCCCUCCCGCCGCGAGCACGUGCGCUGCGAGAAAGUACUCAAACACCUCAAAGCCGGUGGUUCCUACGAAGACUCCGAUGAAGAUGACGUGACGCAGAUAUGCAUGAAUCUGUCUUGCCCGGAGUACACUGGCGAAGGGAAAUGCCCCCUGCAGUCGCCGAAACUGAAGGGGGCCACUAAAAAGGACGCCGAUGAGGACCUCAAAGCUAUAGAAGAAAAUGAACCCAAGUUGGAGAGAAACACAGAUUCGAGCGACUUUUCAGACUCCGACUUCGAGCACCUAACAGCAUCCGUAAAGAAGCGCAAAGUGUCUCAAAGCGAAGACAAGAGUCCCGGCAAGCGCGGCUCGAAGCCUCAACGCUUGGAGCUCUGUGCGGAAGAAGGCGUCGAGGAGCUGCUGGCCACCGUCGAGGAGCAGCUGCAGAAGCUGGACGAGAGGCUCAUCAAACUGCUGGCUUGGCAACGGCUGCAACAGGUAGCCGCAGGCGAGGCGGGCGCAGGGCGCUGGCGCCGCAGCGGCACCGGCACGUGGGGCCCGCGCGCCGCCUCCGCGCUGCGUGCCGCCACGCGUGCCCGGCUCGCUAAGCUCGGCGUGCGGCGCUUGCCCCUACCAUCGGAGCUGUUACCGCGUGCCGAUCGAGAACGGAUCGCGGCGACAGUGUGGGGCCCCGCGCCGCCGCCCGCGCCGUCUCCGGUGCCCAAGCCGCCGCACCCCGCGCUGGACCUUGCCGAUGCGCUUGUUAAGGCUGCGUUAUGCGAGCUGAAGCCGCCUGCCAAAAAUGGCGGCGAAGCGGCGUUGGGUCGCGCGAUUCCGAUGCGCCUGUCGUCUCUGAGCAUCGGCAGCGACGGCGCUUGCGACGUGGUGUUGGACGGCCGCUGCCGCCGCGUGUCGCCGCGACACGCGAUUAUAUUCUGUGACGAGGUGACGCAUCACUUCGAGCUGAUCAACUAUUCGGAGUGGGGCACGCGCGUGAACGGCGUGCUUUACGCCUGCGACCUGUCGCACGACAGCGCGGCCGACGCGCCGCCGCCGCCCGCCGCCGAGUCGCGCGCGCAGGCGCUGCGGCAAGUCGUGCGCCACAGGAGGACCAAACCUCCGCGACUGAACGGCUCUCUCACGGUACCAAUAGAAGAAGAGUCAGAAUGCACUUGUCCUGGCGCACCACCGCCCGCGAGCGCGGCUUGGGAGGGCUCUGCGCUGGUGCCACAUGGUGCACUGUUGCAGUUCGGAUGCCGCAUGUACGUGUUCAGCAUCACUGACCAUCAGACCUUCCCGCACCAACCUGAGGUGGAUGAACCUGCUCUGUGAAUAAAGUACGCCGAAGAAGCCCUAUGGCACCACACGGUGCCAUGUCAGUGUUAUAUCGCAAGUUUUUGUUGUUCUAAUAUUAUAGAGGAAACUGGGGUUCUGUUUGGCACUACACGGCGCCGUGUUUUUGUGCCACAUGGCGUCAUGUUAUGAAUUUUUGUCACUCGGUUUCGUAGUUCUAAUAGUAUAGAGGAAAUGAGGUUUCGUUAUGAUAUGGGACGUCGUGGCUUACUUCUGUACCGUGGUUUUUUGUGCCAUGUUAUGGUUGAAGUCAAAUAUUUAUGUCACUCGGUUUCGUAGUUCUAAUAGCAUAGAGUAAAUGAGGUUUCGUUUUGACACAACACGGUGCAAUGCAUGCCGCCAUGUUAUGAUAUGGGACGUUGUGGCUUACUUCCAUACCGAAAGAAGCCCAAUUUGGCAUGCAAAUAGCCCUGAUGCCCAGGGUUGGGAGGGCUUUGCUCUGUUACCACACGGCGCCGUGUUGUAGGUCGGAUGCCGUUCGGCUCAUAAUUGUUCAACAUCACUGACCAUCUAACCUUCCUGCACCACCUUGAGGUGGAUGACCCUGCGCUUUGUAGUUAUCAUAAUAUUAUAAGAUAAAUGGCGAAGGAUUCGUUUCAGCACCGCACCGUGGUUUCACUUAUUUGUGCCACACGGCGCCAUGUCUAAGUUUUGAAUCACGCCGUGUUUCAGUUAUGUUGAUUAAUAUUAUGAUACAGAAUAGACAUUUUGGCACCACACGACACCGUAUUAUCAUCAUUGUAAACCGAUAGACGUCCACUGCUGGACUGCCUGGACAUGUCUCUGGUAGGGGCCUCGCCAUGGUGUUGUACUUUUAAUAGCGUGGAGAAUUCUUCAAGAUUGCAGUUGAUUUGGUGUCAUCACUUGUCACCCUUUUUCAAUUCUUUAGCAUGUUAUACAAUCUACGUCUUUAUGGAAUCAUUACAUGAUUAGAGUUAUAGGACCAAAUUAAAAAAAAAAAUUUGAUUACAAUAAUAUUCAUAUUGCUGUAUUUCGAAUUAACUAAAAUUAAAAGUUGUAUCCCAAUUGGCAUUAUUAUUAAAUUACUUGUUCGUAUUUUGCUUCUAUGAAAAACUU